UAUACGAGCACCCACACAUCUAAUUAUUCAAAUGUUACUAAACCCAGGACCCUGCAUUCACUAUAUCUGGUCUCCCACAGACCCUGCAUUCACUAUAUCCGCUCUCCCCGGACCCUGCAUUCACUAUAUCCGCUCUCCCCGGACCCUGCAUUCACUAUAUCCGCUCUCCCCGGACCCUGCAUUCACUAUAUCCGCUCUCCCCGGACCCUGCAUUCACUAUAUCCGCUCUCCCCGCACCCUGCAUUCACUAUAUCCGCUCUCCCCGGACCCUGCAUUCACUAUAUCUGGUCUCCCCGGACCCUGCAUUCACUAUAUCCGCUCUCCCCGCACCCUGCAUUCACUAUAUCCGCUCUCCCCGGACCCUGCAUUCAUUCACUAUAUCCGGUCUCCCCGGACCCCGCAUUCACUCUAUCCGGUCUCCCUGGACCCUGCAUUCACUCUAUCCGGUCUCCCUGGACCCUGCAAUCACUAU